CAUAAUUGAAUAUAUAUGAUAGUUCUUUCUUUGGAGGAUACAGUGCUAGGUUCACUUUACGCAAUGACCUCAACACCACCUAUGCCAAGUUUCCUCCCGACGCCUACAAACGUAACCUUCCUUCGUGGGGAGCUGGCUACGUUGCGAUGUGCAGUAAUAAAUCUAGGAACGAAAUUUGUUAUAUGGCGGAAAGCCUCCGAUCCGAACCCGCUUACGGUAUCAGAAGAGCUUUAUGUUGAAGACAGUACGUACAGUGUUCACAGAGUACCUUCUGCACACGAAUGGAACCUCCAAAUCAAAAAUGUUCAGUGCAAACACAACGGUGUAUAUGAAUGCCAAGUCAGUUCUAAAGACACGAUCAGAAAACAUGUUUAUCUUUUAGUAAUUGACAAACCUCGAAAUGAUCCAGCAAUCACCAUAUCAGGCAAAUCGUAUGUUGACAAGGAUUUAGCCAUUAGACUAACGUGCAAUGCAAGCGGUUUGUCUCACCCACAUGUUGCAGAUUGGUUCAAAGAUGGACAGAAAAUCAACGCAAAUAAAAUAAAGCAAAUAUCCAUAACCGGAAGUUCGUCAUACGAAACCGGAACGAUAUCGAGCACGCUGGUCAUAAAACACAGCAAACUCACAGAUCAAGGAACGUACAUCUGUCGAACCUCUGAGUCUCUUGUAACCAGUAUGAAAGUAAAUGUGCUAGACGCACAGAAAACUACACAAGGUGUGUGACUUAAAUAUUGCUGGGCACGUUCUCUUGUUUCAUUUUAUAUAUAUAUAUAGAAUUAGAAUAUUUAUAUCUAUA